GGCCCGUGGGACCUGCGUGGACAAGCUGCUCGCUGGGUGUUAACUAGGCGCCUUCCGGGGACGCUCCGAGGGCUCUCAAAUCUCUCGGGCACUCCAGAACCCAUAGCCCUCCGACCCCCGAUGGGGAAUGUUGGAAAAAAAAAAAAACUUAGAACAGCAGAAAGGGUGACCUUUACAAAGGCUGUUGGUCAUUGUUUAUGAGACAGAGGCCUUUGUUAUAACGAGGAAUCUGAAGCAGUAGAAAUUCAGGCUUUGGGCGCUGCUGUGGAAGGAAACUGCGUGGAGUUUAUGGACUUGGCACUCAUUGCAGAGACAUCGACGAAUGUGAGAACGACUACUACAACGGGGGCUGUGUGCAUGAGUGCAUCAACAUCCCAGGGAACUACCGGUGUACCUGUUUUGACGGCUUCAUGUUGGCCCACGAUGGACACAACUGCCUGGAUGUGGACGAGUGUCAGGAUAACAAUGGUGGCUGCCAGCAGAUCUGCGUCAAUGCCAUGGGCAGCUACGAGUGUCAGUGCCACAGUGGCUUUUUCCUCAGCGACAACCAGCAUACCUGCAUCCACCGCUCCAAUGAGGGUAUGAACUGCAUGAACAAAGACCACGGCUGUGCCCACAUCUGCCGGGAGACGCCCAAAGGUGGGGUGGCCUGUGACUGCAGGCCCGGCUUUGACCUUGCCCAAAACCAGAAGGACUGCACACUAACCUGUAACUAUGGAAACGGAGGCUGCCAGCACAGCUGUGAGGACACGGACACGGGCCCCAUGUGUGGCUGCCACCAGAAGUAUGCCCUCCACUCAGACGGUCGGACGUGCAUCGAGAAGGAUGAGGCUGCAAUUGAGCGCUCUCAGUUCAAUGCCACGUCAGUAGCUGAUGUGGACAAGCGGGUGAAACGGCGGCUCCUCAUGGAGACAUGUGCGGUAAACAACGGAGGCUGUGACCGGACCUGCAGGGACACGGCCACUGGCGUGCGAUGUAGCUGCCCGGUGGGAUUCACGCUGCAGCCCGAUGGGAAGACGUGCAAAGACAUCAACGAGUGCCUGACCAACAACGGGGGCUGCGACCACUUCUGCCGCAACACGGUGGGCAGCUUCGAGUGCGGCUGCCGGAAGGGCUACAAGCUGCUGACCGACGAGCGCACGUGCCAAGACAUCGACGAGUGCUCCUUCGAGCGGACCUGCGACCACAUCUGCAUCAACUCCCCAGGCAGCUUCCAGUGCUUGUGUCACCGUGGCUACACACUCUAUGGGACAACCCACUGCGGAGAUGUGGACGAGUGCAGCAUGAACAAUGGGAGCUGUGACCAGGGCUGCAUCAACACCAGGGGCAGCUAUGAAUGUGUCUGCCCCCCAGGGAGGAGGCUCCACUGGAACCAGAAGGACUGUGUGGAGAUGGGCAAGUGCCUUUCUCGGGCCAAAGCUUCACCCUGGGCCCAGCUGUCCUGCAGCAAGGUGGGAGGUGUGGAGAGCUGCUCCCUUUCCUGCCCAGCCCACUCACUCUUCGUGCCAGACUCAGAAAACAGCUACAGCCUGAGCUGCGGCGUCCCGGGUCUCCAGGGCAAGAUGCUACAGAAGCGCAACAGCACCAGCUCCAGCACUGGCCCCAGCUGCUCAGGUGUACCCGCCCCCAUCAGGCAGAAGGCCCGCUUCAAGAUCCGAGACGCCAAGUGCCACCUCCGGCCCCACAGCCGGGAGCCAGCGAAGGAGGCCCUGAGGCAGCUGCUGCUGGAAAACUGCCAUCUGACCUUUGUGACCCUCAAAUGCGACUCCUCCAAGAAGAGGCGCCGUGGCCGAAAGUCCCCAUCCAAGGAGGUGACCCACAUCACAGCGGAGUUCGAAGUGGAGAUAAAGAUGGAAGAGGCGUCAGACACCUGUGAGGCGGACUGCAUGCGGAAGCGCGCCGAGCAGAGCUUGCAGGCUGCCAUCAAGACUCUGCGGAAGUCCAUCGGCCGGCAGCACUUCUCCAUCCAGGUCGCAGGCACAGAGUACGCGAUGGCCCAGUGGCCGGCCAAGGCCCUGGAGGGCCAGGGGGCGUGCGGCACAGGCCAGGUGUUACAGGACGGGAAAUGCGUGGCCUGCGGGCCUGGCACCCACUUCAGCGGAGAGCCUGGCCAGUGUGUGCCAUGUGUGCCGGGGACCUACCAGGACAGGGACGGCCAACUCAGCUGCACGCCGUGCCCCAGCAGCGAUGGGCUCGGCCUCACCGGUGCCCGCAAUGUAUCCGAAUGUGGAGGCCAGUGCUCCCCAGGCUUCUUCUCCCAGGAUGGCUUCAGGCCCUGCCAGGCCUGCCCGGUGGGCACGUACCAGCCUGAGCCCGGGCGCACAGGCUGCUUCUCCUGCGGAGGGGGGCUGCUCACCAAGCAUGAGGGCACAGUCUCCUUCCAAGACUGCGAGACAAAAGUGCACUGCUCCCCGGGCCACCACUACAACACCACCACCCACCGGUGCAUCCGCUGCCCCAUUGGCACCUACCAGCCCGAGUUUGGCCAGAACCACUGCAUCACCUGCCCGGGCAACACCAGCACAGACUUCGACGGUUCCACCAACGUCACACACUGCAAAAACCAGCACUGUGGCGGCGAGCUUGGUGACUACACAGGCUACAUUGAGUCCCCCAACUACCCUGGCGACUACCCGGCCAACGCCGAGUGCGUGUGGCACAUCUCACCGCCCCCCAAGCGCAGGAUCCUCAUCGUGGUCCCCGAGAUCUUCCUGCCCGUUGAGGAUGAGUGUGGCGAUGUCCUGGUCAUGAGGAAGAGCGCAUCCCCUGCGUCUAUCACCACCUAUGAGACCUGCCAGACGUACGAGAGGCCCAUUGCCUUCACCUCCCGCUCCCGGAAGCUCUGGAUCCAGUUCAAAUCCAAUGAAGGCAACAGUGGCAAAGGAUUCCAAGUGCCCUAUGUCACCUAUGACGAGGACUACCAGCAGUUGAUAGAAGAUAUUGUUCGUGAUGGACGGCUCUACGCCUCGGAGAAUCACCAGGAAAUUUUAAAAGACAAGAAGCUCAUCAAGGCCCUGUUCGACGUGCUAGCGCAUCCCCAGAACUACUUCAAGUACACAGCCCAAGAGUCCAAGGAGAUGUUCCCACGGUCCUUCAUCAAACUGCUGCGUUCCAAAGUGUCCCGAUUCCUGAGGCCCUACAAAUAACGUGCUAGAGCUGCCCUUCUCGGGGAAGGCGGGUAUCCCGACGGGGAGGGGAGAGGCCUUCCCUCCACAGGAGAGGCUGGGAGCCGGCUCCGCAGGCCUCCACGCCACCCUGGGAAGUCACCCUGGCGUCCGCCCUAAGGAAACACUGACCAACCAGCCCCUGGGGCUGAGCCGGCGGCCAGGCGGAUCCCCCCUGGGAAAACACUGUUCCAGGCGGCUUUCCUUCCUUCCUCCCUCACUCCCUCCCUCCGCCUGUUCGAUUCCUGGAUGGCGCCCUCUCCAGAGCUGCACGGGCGGACCCGCCUGGGCCAGGACACUCUGUGCCGCAGCGCAGCCAGGCCCCGGGCAGAGGGCACCUGUGGGAGUAACUCGCGGCCUCGCCUGGCGCCUCGGGAGAGGGGAGCGAGGCUGCCUCUGCCUCCAGGCAGGCUCUGGGAGGCAUCAUCUGAGACAGGAAGUGGGGCUGUGGAAGGAGGGGUGCAGGAGGGUCUGGGGAGCUGCGAUAAGCCAGUGUCUGCACCUGCAGGCCUUCGGCGCCCCUCACUCCUCCGGCCACGGGCCCGGGUCACAGGCGCCGUGUGGUGGGGCUCUAAGGAUUCUGCGGUGGGGCAGGAAAGAGCUGCUAGCGGAGGAAACUGUAGAUUUGUGCUUUCCCUUGAUAGAGCAUCUAAUUAAGUACUAUAUAUAUAUAUAUAAAUAUAAAUAUAAAUAUAAUAUACUUCUAUUGUGGGUACUUUAGGAAAAUCCUCUGUAGUAACUGUAAAUAUGAAUUGCAAGCCCACCUCUUCCCUCACGAGCUGUUCCCAGCACCCCCGUGUGAUUAACCCCCGCCCAGGUGCUUGCCACCUGCUUCCGGGGGGCCGGGAGCCCGCUGGAUGGGGAGCGGACAGCUGGUUCUGGCUGGACACGCUCUGGAGUGCAAGUUCUUUGAGAACUGGCUCCCGUGCUUUGCUGGAGUGUCGUGUGGUGGAAGGCAGUUUUCCCGUGGACUCUUCCCCUGCUGACCCUGGGGCCGAGACCUCAGAGUCCGUGCUGUGGCCUCUGCCACAGGGAAGCAGGCCCUUUCCCACGGGAGCCCAGGCUGUGGCACCACAAGAGCCCUCAGAGGGCAGCAGCCCACCCCUUACCUGAGCAGAGAGGAAUCCGGGCAGGGAGGGCAGGUGGCCAGUGUCAGGAGGCCUGGCCCCAGAGCAGCCUUCUGCUACUGCGCCACGCUGCGUUCCUCUUACCAUCUGUCUUUAAAGAAGAAAAGUCCAAAGUCUGACCUAGUUGCAUGGUGUCCCCCUCAGCCAGGAAGCCAGCGCCCGAAUACAGCCACAAAAGCCCCCAAAGCGCGGAGUCCUUGCCUGCUGGCCGCUGCUGGCCACCGGCUGUGGGACGUGCAUAGGAAGUGGUCUGUAUCUUUGCCGUUAACAGAUGUUCCAAUUUCCAAGAAACAUGGGAGAUUCUUAAAAUGAACCCCAGGUGCCUCUAGGCUGUCUCCAUCCCCUGCCCCCACACCCGGGCUGAGCCACGGGCACGGGCACGUUGGAGUUUGAGAACUGUCCUAGCACAUUGCAGAUGGUGACGCCUGAGGACAGGGAGUGGGGCCUGGAGGUCGAUGGCCAGGCGGGCCGGGACGAUUUCACAAUCCAAAACAGGGCUGGGAGCUCAGAAGUCAUUCACGGCCCCUGCCCACAUCAGCAAUGGCCAGUCCCCAGUUUGACCAAUGCCGCCACCAAUGCCCGCUGACGUGGGGAAGGGGCUGCCCCUGGUGGCCAGGUCAGUGUGAGCCAUGAGCCCUGUCUGGUCUGGUCACAGGCCUUCAGGGCCAGCCGGGCCUACAGAAAGAUGCCUGUCUUCCCUCCCGAGCUCGUCCCCAGUAAUUAGACGAGUGUCCUCUCAAGUGGGCCUCCAGCCUCCAGCAACACCAUGGGGGCGGGGAACAGAGAGGGAAGCAUUCUAACCCUUCUCGGACACUUACUGCUGCCCCUCUGGGUGGUUUCUGGCAGUUGCCACCCACAAACCCCACUAACCCACCGGCCCUUCCAGUGGGAGCCCACCCACGUCCCGUGGCUCUCCACACUGCUGUGGCCAUACCUGCCCGGUGUUCCCCCAACAGAGCAGGACAGACGUGGGGCCCCUCGCUCUUCACAAGUACAACCCCAGUUUGUCAGCUGCCAACACCAUCACCAUUCAGCCCUCCUCCCCCCACCCUGUUAAACCACCUCCCACACCAUGAGGGGUGCUCCAAGUUCGGGAAUGGGGUCUGUCCCUAAUUUCUAGGUCAUCCCUGAGCCCCACACUGGGAAAUUUAAGAGUCCCAUGUGUUAAAGCCACAGCUGCCCCCAGUCAUGGGAGCCCAGUGGCCUUGGGAGAGCUCCCUGGACAACCAAGUACGUUUGUCCCUGUUUCCAUGUCGCGGAAUCUGGUGGCAGAUGGGUGCCCGUGGAGCCGAUGGAAGUAGAAAGGACUGGGCCCAGACAGGGCAGGUCCCCAGAAGGAGUCCUGAAGAACAGAAGCCCAGGACAAGGAUGUGGAUGUCCCAUGCUCCCCAAGAGAGGCUCGAGAUGCAGAGGGGCCAAGCCAGAGGGGCCCACCCCACUCGUGGAUGGGGUAUUGGCCUUGAGCAGCCACAGCCACAGCCCCAUACCAGCCACUGCCACACUCGCCUGGCAUGGACCCUCAGCAGCUGGCCGGUCAAUGAACUCCAAGGAAAGAGCGAAGGAACAAGCUUCUGGACACAAAGCCUUGCCCAGUUGGCCAGGACUGAAAGGUGCCAAGGCUCAGAAGUCCUGAGGAGCUUGGCUGUGCUCCCAGUGAGGCAUGGAUGGCACUGGGGCGACGGGGGAGGCCUCCGAGGAUGGCGGUGGAAGACCGAGGUGCCCCGCGCCCCUGGCAGCUGCUGGCUCUCUGCUUCCGUGCACCAAAGAAAAGAAGAGAAUCUGGCUGCAAGGUCCAGAGGCCAAGCUGGGCCCUCAGGGAGUGAGCGCUGGGGUCAGCUUACCUGCCGCCCCGAAUCAGGCUUAUUUUUCCCUGGCGACACUCUUGCCUGAGCCGGAGCCUAGCAGCUGUGCAGUUGUGCUCUCUCUCACUCCCUGGGCUCUCCAGAGUCUCAGACUCUGCCUCUGCCGCUCACCCCAACAGGUGGCCUUGCCAGUGGUGGUGACCGCGCUCUGCCCAGCUCUGGCUCCCCAGGGACGGCGUGUGCCGGCCCUUCCUCACCUCCGUGGAGACAGAACCGAGGAGGCCGUGGGACCAAGGUGGCGGCCUCAGACAGCCUUCCCUCCUGCCGUGCGUUGGUUUGGGACACGUAGAUGACGCAGAACCGUAACCCAGGCCAAAAAGUCACCAGAGAGCAGUGGCCCCAAGAGCCCGAUUCUGAGAGCCCUAAGAGAACUUCUUUCCUUCAACCUCUUCAGCCCCAUGUUUCCUGCCUGCGCCCUCGUUUCCCCAGGGACACGGCCAACAUCAUCCAGUUUCCAGGACAAGAGGCCCCAGUGUGCGCUGGAGCGAGAGCGAGCGCCUAAGUGACAUUUGGGGGGUUGAGUCAUCAUUCAAACACCUCCACCCACCCACCGCUCUCAGCAGGAAAAUAAGAUCCUGAACUAAGUUGGGUCCCCACCAAACUCCCUGUGUGCCAGGCUCCUGGACGGGAGGAGAGACCACGCGGCCUUGGGGCUGACGGAGUCCCCGGGAAAGCCCCCUUGGUCACAGGGAUGAAGGUGAUGGAGGCUGGCCCGGGGGACAGAGCCCGGUGCUCCUCAGAAGGCAGCCCUGCCCUCCAGCGCCCGCCAGCAGCCCGGGUGGGGACAGAGAGAGCAGGGGUCACCGAAGGGGUCCCAAAGCCCGUGUCCUGCAGGAGAAGCUGCCACCAGCCCAGGCCCAGGACGUGACCACCUCCCUCCACCAGCAGAGAAAGAAAGAGACACAGAGAAGGGCUCAGCCGCCCUGCCCGGGACCCAGCACCAGGACACAGCGCCAGGACCCGCCCAGAACACUCCGUGCUCCAGAGGGGGGGCCUUUCUUGUGCCCCAGAGACCCCGGCUGAGCCUAUGUCCUCUACUGGACGCCUGGAAAUGUAGUCACCCUGGUCAACUGCAUCCCCAUGGAGGGAGGCACCUUCUUCACCAAAGAUACAUGUGGUGGCGGCUCAGCCCCUCUGACCAGGGUGACAGCACCAAGCCAGCAUCAUUCAGGCCAAAGGACCAACAUUUGCGAGCCCCCCGGCGUCCGCGCAGAGGCCGAGCAGACAGCUCCCGGCCUCCCGCAGCUGCCUCUGGAGGCGCUAGUGCUGAGCGCCUGCUGUAUGCCAGACACGGGGGUGGCUGGAGCCGGAGGCUGCCUUGCUUUUUGGAGAUGGUGUUGGGAGGGGGCAGGUGACCCCAGGCCCAGGCGCCUCAGGCAUGGCCCCAGGUUCCCUCCCAGCACCCCACUCAGGAGGCCCCAGGGAGCAGGAGCCUCCGCAGCCCCUGGACGUGGUAGGCCUCGAGCCUGAGGCCCCCAGGCUCUGGGGGACCCCGGUGCCAGCCCUCAAGCAUCUGAACAAGCCAUUCUCACGGCCCCGCGAGGUGAGUGGAGCCUGAUGCCUCUCGAGUGUGGAGGGUGAGACUCCAGGGCCCAGGGACGUGCCCAGGGCCAGUUGCUGGCGGUGCUGGGAAGAAAACCCGAGGUAGGACAUUAUGUAGGACACAUCAGGAUUGGGAAAUGCAGCUCCCGGCCCAUGGAGCUCGGGGCAGGCAGGCUGGUGCCCUGGGGAGGAGGGAGGAGGGAGGAGGGAGGAGGGAGGAGCAGCACGUGUGGGCUCCUGCCCACCCCUCCCUCGGGAACCAGUGCUAAAGACCCAGAGGAGGCCUGGCCUCUGCCCUCUGCCCUGCGUGGACAGGUCACGUCCAUUCAAACUCGGGCCUGCGGGGCAAGCUGCAGCCUGGAGUGCGGUGGGGGGUGGGGUGUGCGUGGGGAGUGGCCCCCCAAGCCUGCAGCAGGGUGGACGCGUGCACCCCCAGCUGGCUCCUCUCACAGUCUCCAGCGCACAGACACUAGACAAUUCCAGGGUGGGGGGGCUCAGCAGACAGUGUGGUGAGCAGUAGGUGAAACGAAAGCUCACAGGUGCCCAGGACGUUGCCAGUUCAGGGGCCACGCGGAUCCCCAGGAAAUGCCUGAUUUCGCUGAGAUGGGAGCCUUGAACAGCCUGAGCAGAAAUGGGAUAUCUGAACACCACUUGCAGGGGCGGGGGGGGGGGGGAGGCCCAGAGAAGGAGGAGGGGAGCAGAGAGUUGGGCCCUUGCCAUCCCACCCCCUGACCCUCCAACCCCCCCACCACUGGUCUCUGCUCUGGGUUCUCUGAAGGCGGCGCUGUACUCUCUGGGCACCUUGGCAACCACUCUGUCUACAAGAGCGACAAAUACCAACACAAUCCUGUUUUCCUUUUAGUUGCCUCGAAUAUUCAAGGUUUGUCCUCUCCAUCAUGUUCAUACAUAUGCAUGUAAUUAAACAUUUGUGGAAAUCACUUUAAUAAUAAACAGGAAAUGAACCUAAA